AUGGCCGUCCAAACCUAUACGCCUCACGAGCUUCUCCGUCUUAAGAAGGCACCUGUCGGGAGAGGACUAUACGGCCAGCUCCAAGCGAAGCUUCGCCAAGAUCAAGACCUUGGCGAAGUAUUACGACUGCCUCUUGAACGCUCACUUCCUCACAUCAUGGAAGAGCCAACUAAGAUCUCUGGCGGUGUGGAUAAUUCUUCUCCUCGUCGUGGAGAAGGGGCUAGACAGCUAGAUGGUACUGAGUCUGAAUGGAGAUACCGUGGCCGCACUGGUUCAGAUGCCGUCGGAGCACAGCCCAUCUCUGCGCCGGCUGGCUUAGCUGCUCAGAAAGAUGAAGGUUUCCAACGAUUCUACCGAGCAGUUGUGUCGCCGACUCAUGUUCGAGUUACAGCAGGUGGUCGCAUAGUACCAAAUACACGAGGUUCUCCAUCACCCACAGCUAGGUGGCCCAGAGAAAAAUCUCCCAUGGAGGCAGCUACCAACAACAGUCACCAACCCAGCCGAGAGUCUCUCCAGCAAGGCCAGUUUGCUAUGCCGCAGCCCUUUGGCUUUUUUCCUCCGCAUGCUAUGAUUCCGAGCUUCGCUCCUGGAAUGGUACCUAUGCCAACAGGACCAGCCCCGUAUCCUGUUAUGCCCUGGCAUGUAGGGUUCAAUAUUGGCGGAGCCAUGGGAAUGGCUCCUCACCCCAUGAGCCAUGUUCCAGGUCUCGUGGCAGUGCCGCCGCCACCGCCGAACUCAGCAAAUAAUGACCGGCAAAGUGAAACUGGGACUUCGGAGAACGCAACACCAACUCGGGUUGUUGCCUCUGACCAUUGCGAUCCAACACGGCCUCAUAUCCACAAUGGACAAUGGAUGGUGCCCUCUGGAAGUUCUUUUCACCCCUAUGCCUUGGGACCACAUCACGGAUUCUUGGGACCCCCAAUGUUGUCACCCAUGGCAGCUGGCCAGAGGUUUAUCCCCAGUCAUAUUAUGUCUCCUUUGUCUCAGAGCAAUGGACAGAUGCCCCAAGCUCAGGCAGCUGGCGUGCCGCUUCCCAUGCAGCCAUACCCUACGGCACCGAAUUUUGCCCUCUCUGCUGGACAACAUCAGUCCUCUAUCCGAGCCAGCCAGAUAACCAAGAGACAACUUUCGGUGCUUCGAGCUUCUCUCAAGUGGACGGAGGACCAGUUACAAUACAACAAGCAUCAGAUUGAUGAGCGAACCAUGGAACUUCAUGCGCAGUCGUUGCGUCACUCCAUCGAGCACUUUGAGAAGAUUCAAGAUGAACAGGCUGCCAAUGAAAACAGAGGCCUUACAAAGGAUCAAUCGCAGGACGAGUUAAGUGGUUCAGCAUCCGCAGACGAUGAUCAAUCAAAAUCUCCAGUGACCAGUAGCAGCGCAAAGCCAGAAAACAGCGCCGACAGCUUUUCCAGUCUCCCUGACGAAGCCUCGAUUGUGCGAACUGACAAGGGAAAACCAAAAAGCCAGAGAAUUGUCUUCCCUUCUAACCAUGACGGUGCUAGCAUUCAAGCUGCCCCUAAAGUACAGUCUUUGGGUGCAGCCGAUGAAACUAGUGCCAGCAAGAAAUCAUCAGCUUUGCCUGUCACUGCGGCGCUGGCUCCUCCAUUUCACCCUCGCGCAGUAGAAACUCAAUUUGCCAGGGACGAAUUGCCUCGUUCUGUCAAUAUUCGACCCAUGUAUGAGGAGAGUGUGUCUCCCAAGCCUUAUCUUGUGGGAGAGCUGCCCCCUGGGAUGAGCGCUGAGCAAGCUCGGGAUACAGAUUACGUUUACCCUCGACAAUUGACUGAGGACGAACUCCGAGCUCGUCACAUGUACUGGGGCGACGCUCCUCACCAUCUGCAAAGUGGCCUUCCCAAGUUCGAUGGCAAGGACUUUUAUCCACCUUCGCCAGACAGCAGUCAAUCUCCCGACAACGAUUCGGGCCUCAGUCGGAAAUUUAAAUCCGUCAUGGCCAAAGUGACUGAGACUGCAAGCUGUGGCAGAAACGGUGAAACCGAAGGUGAUCCUUUCCAAUCGUCUCGACGUACUCCGCAUCCAUAUGGGCGAGGUGCAAUGGGUACCUCAACUGAAUCCGGCUCAUCUCAGAAAUCCACGGCCCCCAGUCGAGAUAGCGAUAUGCUGGUUGUUCAUCGUUCCCGUCAAGAUACAGGAAAGAAAGUCUAUGACGGAAGUCGUCAUGAGGUGACUAUAGCUGACAGUCCCAAUGCUCGCUCUGAGAGCGACAGUCCCGACGAAAACGAUGAGAAAAACAUUGUGUUCAAAGGACGUAAUUCUUUACGUCAAACUCGCUCAAGACCUCGCAGCGGCAUCUGGCAUGAGAUGAUGAAACGCGGUACUUCGAGUGGCAACGCAGUUCCCGGAACAGUUUCGUCUACCACAGCUCAAGGCGUUCUGCCUCACUAUAGCGGCCACGCCACUGCAUCUCUUGCGCCUACAGCCACCAAUAUCAACUCUGCUUCCCGAGAGCAAGCCAGUAAAUCGGGAAAUUCCAAUGAAGGCGGAUCGGUGAACUCCGUGGUGGAGAGACAGAUUGAAAACAGACCUCCUGGAGACGGCAAGCUCAAUACAUAUCUAGGCGUUCAAGGAUCGAAAAAGCGGUCUUCGGCGAUUUGA